GUUUGGUUGCUAGUAGACCCAGCUAACUAUCUCGAUGAAAAUUUGAUUUUAAUGCAUUGGGUUGUACUGCAUGUGAAGUGUUCGAUGAAAUGUCGAGCUGAAAUGAGUGAUUGAAUAUAUUUCAAAAGAACUUGUAUUGGUGGUCAAAUUUUGCUUUGUAUUUUUUUUUUUUUUUAAAUAAAAUAUAACAUAGCAUACAAAAAUUGGGCUUCAAGAGAAUAUUAAUAAGUUUGUCAAAUCACUGUCUUUUGCUUGAUGCCUGAGUGGUUGAAUUAUCAUAUCAACUUAUGGGUUAACUUCAAUGGGUUGGAAUUUUUUGCUUCUGUUCAUCAAAGCUGUCGGGAUUAUAUUGGUCGGGGCAGAGCUGCAUUUUGUAGGUGCUGCCAUGGCGGCAACAAAGCCUCGGUUAAGUAGCUUCUCUCGCAACCUAUCAGCUGUACCAUCUUCGCAAACACCAGGAGUCAAGUGUGGUCCUAAUGGCACUAUGUUUGUCUCAUCUGGAAUACUUGAUCUUGACAAGAUACUAGGUGGUGGGUUCCCACUGGGAAGUUUAGUGAUGGUGAUGGAAGAUGCUGAAGCACCUCACCACAUGCUUUUGUUGAGGAAUUUCAUGUCUCAGGGACUUGUUCACAAUCAACCUCUUUUUUAUGCCAGUCCAGCAAAGGACCCCAGAGCAUUUUUGGGUACUUUGCCUAGUCCAUCCACUUCCAAAGAUGAAAAACCUCGUGGUAGUGUUCCAGAACAGUUGCAGGAGAAGGGCUUGAGAAUUGCUUGGCAGUAUAAGAAGUAUAUGCCUGAAAAUCAGCCAAACUUUGAUAGUCAGAGCGAUAACAAGCAAGUGUACUGCAAUGACUUUGACUUGCGAAAGCCUCUAGAGAGGCACUAUCAUAGUGCACAGCAUGUAGAUUGUGUUAGCAUCCAAGAUUCUACAAAUUUUAUUGCCCUUAAGGACCGUUGUGCCACAUUCUUAGCUCAAUUUCCAAGAAAUGAUGCCAACAGUUCAUGCACAGGUCGAAUUGCCAUUCAGUCAUUCUGUGCUCCGCAAUGUGAACAUUCCAACAUGGAAUGGGACAUGCUUUCAUUUAUUAAAUCUAUGAAAGGUAUGAUACGGUCUUCAAAUGCAGUGGCCGUGAUAACCUUUCCACCGUCUCUUCUUUCACUAUCCUCCUCAAAAAGAUGGCAGCACCUGGCAGACACAUUGCUUUCCGUAGGGGCUAUCCCAGAUGAGGACAAGGAAUUGGCAAAACUCUUAGCGGGUUACCAGGACAUGGUUGGCUUUCUUAAUAUACACAAAGUAGCCCGCAUAAAUACACAGGUUCCUGUGAUUCUUGAUGCGACAACAUUCUCAAUAAAGUUGCAUAAGCGUAGAUUCUUGGUUUUAGAAUGUAUAAAUCAAGCCCCGGUCGAUGGUUCAAGUGGGAGUUCAUAUGGCACAUCUAGUAGUUGUUCUUCUGGGUCCUCCAAGACUGGGACCCUCGAUUUUUAGUAGUCCUACAGAAAUUUGUCGCUGAUAAUUGUUUAGUGCCUCAGAGCCAAAUUGAGAUCCAAUGGCAAGUUUGAUGGUGUUGGUUCUUGCCGCUAGAAUUCUUCCAGUUUCUUCUUUGUUAACGACCUCGGCCAUUGGAUCAUCAGGAAGCUGUGUCAUCAACCCGGGUAUAAUCUAGAAUACAGGAAAAAGUAUCGGUUUUUGCUGCAAGAUUAUUAUUUAUCUAUUUAUUUUAUGUUAAACUAUCUUCCUAUAUAGAUGAUUGAAGAUGCUUGCAUAACAGAACACCGGAAAUAGUGUUGAAAACAUUGACCUAU